AUGAAGCGUUGGGCCAGUAGACCUAGAUCUUGGGCCGCAUCCGCUGCAGCUGGUGACCCAGCUCCCGUGGUGAGGCCCGUGGCUCCGCUGGCGUUGCCCGCCACCGCUCCCCAGCGCCAACGGAAGAAGCGGAAGCGGGCCGCUGCGGCGCCCCUCCCAGAGGCCACCACCGAUGACCAGCACUUAAUAGAUUCUGCCUCGCAGACGUUGCGGGGCGCGCGGGCCCCAGCAAGCGCUCAUGUGGACCAAGAGGUCCGCCGGGCAGUUCGGCUGCAGGCGGGCCGCACGCUACCGGCUUUGCAACGGCUGAUGUCCUGCAAUCUCCCCCGGCACCCCCUGGCUCUGAACACGGGCGGAGACCUGAGCCCGGCCGCGGGUCUCACGGCCACGCUGGCUGGAGAAGAGGUCUACAUUGCUAGUACAUUCACCUUCAGGGGUUUCCCGAAGUGCGACUGCGCCGUGGUGGCGGUGAAAUCUGGGCCUUGCAGUUCGACGCACGCUGUGGGCCCAUGGCAAACCUGCCUGGCUUCGCAACUCACGGACGUCAAAUACAAGUUCCACGCCGAAAUGGGCCAUGCGGCAGCUACCGGCCACGCGGUGGCGCCGCGCGAGGCGCGAGACAUGGGGCGCUCGAGCCAGAUGGCGGCCGUCAUCUGGGACCACCCUUCACCAGUGGAGCUGGAUAUCCGGUCAUGGACGUGCAGGACGUGCCAUGGCGGCGGCGGCUUCAGUGAGCCCAGCGCGGGGGCGUCAGCGGAAGGCCGUUAUUUCGCGCCGGCCCCAGAGGACGCGCAGCGAUCCCACCCAGGCACUUUGUGCUACAGCGGUGGGAAGGACGGCGGAAUGACAUACUUUACCAGCAGGUGGCUCGCGCACUACUUGACGGUGUUGUACGAGUGCAUGAACUUCCGGGCCGCUCGCCGCCGCAUGGUGGACGUGCUGCUCGCGACCGCCUUGCCUGGGUCAGCCGCCGAGUACCGCAUCAUGAACUUAUUGGAGUCCCUCCCCAAGUCGUCUCAGCUCCGGGGCAUCGCAUGCCAAGCCUUCUCGGCUCUGGUCAAGCGGAGAGUGCACGAACAGCAGCAGCACCUUUUCGCGUACAGCGGCCAAGGCAUCCGUUUAGACGGGUACUUCAAGGUGGCCAAGAUAGUGAUGACAUGGAAUUCUGAGACCCGUCGGUGGGAGAGGGGGAAGUACACCUGCCUGCUGGGGUUCUGCGGGUCGGACGGCGCCCCCCUGCAACCAGCAGUGCCGGCGCGGGGCGAGGCCUGGGCAGAUAUCGAGGCUGCCUUGCGCCCUUUGCUGCGGUCCAUCAUCGCGGGGAGACUUGCGGCUGGGCUAUCCUUGGAAGAAUCCAUCCCCGUCUUCGUGUCCACCGACGGCUUCGGGAAGCACCGAUUGAAAUUGCGCGGCCUCCUCCGCGAUGUGACGCAGCAAGUUCGGCUCCAGCCUGAGGGCGUGACGCCGCGAGGCCCUGUGGAGCGCGUGGAGGCGGUGGGCGCCGACCAGCGCCCUUCGGACCGCCUGACCUGCGUGGCGGGCGAGCCUCGGCACAAUGUCAUCAGGUUCAGGCCCCUGGUGUCCCCUCGCGCGGACGACGGCAGGAACCUUCUCCGGGACCACGAGGACCUCCUCAACCGGCUCAGCGCCCCCAAACGGCCUGAACGCUGCAGCCGGGAGAGCCGCCUGAGCGCGCGAGUGCCGCGGCUCAGCGCGGCUGGGCGCGCGUUGCUGAAGAAGACCACCGAGAUGUCUGCCAAGGCCUUCGAGAGUUACCUCCCCCCUGCACCCAGCGCCGCGGCCUCGGCCGCGAAAACAUUCCUUGCUUCGCCCGCGGUCGCCCGGGCGACAGCCGUCUGGGACUCCGUUUGCAGCGCCCAGCCGCCCCGCCCGGCGCUGGCCCGUCUGGCCCGUCGCUUUGGUGUCGACGCUGCCGAGACGCGCGGCUACUGGAACUUCGAUAACAAGAAAGAGUUUAAGAGAGAGGCUCGCAUGAUCCAGGACUGCUACGCGGGGGGGGGGCAACUCACCCGCCCCCGGCGAGGCCUCAACCGCACGCACGGGGACGCCGAGGUGAAGGGCAGGAAGAGUGCGUGGACGAGAAAAACCUCAGCACACUACAGGCGACUGGUUAAGCCCUUGUGCUUACAGGGUCUUUUUCGGUGGCGCCGCUGCGCGCUGGCCCUGCACAGGGCCGGCUACCCCGUCCAUUCCGGGGCGAUUCCCGUCGAACGCCACUGGAUGCAGUUCAGGAGUUACUUCCCAGAAAGCACGAAGUGGAUGCGGGUAGACCUUUUCGACCUCUUCUCGGGGCUCUCGAUGCUGAGGUACAACUGGUGCCACUUUAAUAAGCCGUGGAUCCCGGCGUGGGCGGGCCAGGACCCAGUGCUGCACCAGAAGGCCAUGAUGCAUCAGCUGAUGGCUGCCGCCAG